UCUGUCUCACCCACAAAGAUGUGGGCUCAGCUCCUUCUAGGAAUGUUGGCCCUAUCGCUAGCCAUUGCAGAAGAACUUCCAAACUACCUGGUGACAUUACCAGCCCGGCUAAAUUUCCCCUCCGUUCAGAAGGUUUGUUUGGACCUGAGCCCUGGGUACUGUGAUGUUAAAUUCACGGUUACUCUGGAGACCAAGGACAAGACCCAGAAGUUGCUAGAACACUCUGGACUGAAGAAGAGGCACUUACAUUGUAUCUCCUUUCUUGUACCACCUCCUGCUGGUGGCACAGAAGAAGUGGCCACAAUCGGGGUGUCGGGAGUUGGAAAUAACAUCAGCUUUGAGGAGAAGAAAAAGGUUCUAAUUCAGAGGCAGGGGAGUGGCACCUUUGUACAGACUGACAAACCUGUCUACACCCCAGGGCAGCAAGUGUAUUUCCGCAUUGUCACCAUGGAUAGCAACUUCAUUCCAGUGAAUGACAAGUACUCCAUGGUGGAACUACAGGAUCCAAAUAGCAACAGGAUUGCACAGUGGCUGGAAGUGGUACCUGAGCAAGGCAUUGUAGACCUGUCCUUCCAACUGGCACCAGAGGCAAUGCUGGGCACCUACACCGUGGCAGUGGCUGAGGGCAAGACCUUUGGCACUUUCAGUGUGGAGGAAUAUGUGCUGCCGAAGUUUAAGGUGGAAGUGGUGGAACCCAAGGAGUUAUCAACGGUGCAGGAAUCUUUCUUAGUAAAAAUUUGUUGUAGGUACACCUAUGGAAAGCCCAUGCUAGGGGCAGUGCAGGUAUCUGUGUGUCAGAAGGCAAAUACUUACUGGUAUCGAGAGGUGGAACAGGAACAGCUACCUGACAAAUGCAGGAACCUCUCUGGACAGACUGACAAAACAGGAUGCUUCUCAGCACCUGUGGACAUGGCCACCUUUGACCUCAUUGGAUAUGCGUACAGCCAUCAAAUCAGUAUUGUGGCUACUGUUGUGGAGGAGGGGACAGGCGUGGAGGCCAAUGCCACUCAGAAUAUCUACAUUUCUCCACAAAUGGGAUCAAUGACCUUUGAAGACACCAGCAAUUUUUACCAUCCAAAUUUCCCCUUCAGUGGGAAGAUAAGAGUUAGGGGCCAUGAUGACUCCCUCCUCAAGAACCAUCUAGUGUUUCUGGUGAUUUAUGGCACAAAUGGAACCUUCAACCAGACCCUGGUUACUGACAACAAUGGCCUGGCUCCCUUUACCUUGGAGACAUCCAGUUGGAAUGGGACAGAUGUUUCUCUGGAGGGAAAGUUUCAAAUGGAAGACUUAGUAUAUAAUCCUGAACAAGUGCCACGUUACUACCAAAAUGCCUACCUGCACCUGCAACCCUUCUACAACACAACCCGCAGCUUCCUUGGCAUCCACCGGCUAAAUGGCCCCUUGAAAUGUGGCCAGCCCCAGGAAGUGCUGGUGGAUUAUUACAUCGACCCAGCUGAUGCAAGCCCUGACCAGGAGAUCAGCUUCUCCUACUAUUUAAUAGGGAAAGGAAGUUUGGUGAUGGAGGGCCAGAAACACCUGAACUCUAAGAAGAAAGGACUGAAAGGCUCCUUCUCUCUCUCACUGACCUUCACGUCGAGACUGGCCCCUGAUCCCUCUCUGCUGAUCUAUACCAUUUUCCCCAGUGGAGGUGUUGUAGCUGACAAAAUUCAGUUCUCAGUCGAGAUGUGCUUUGACAAUCAGGUUUCCCUUGGCUUCUCUCCCUCCCAGCAGCUUCCAGGAGCAGAAGUGGAGCUACAGCUGCAGGCAGCUCCCGGAUCCCUGUGUGCACUCCGGGCGGUGGAUGCGAGUGUCUUACUGCUUAGGCCAGAGACAGAGCUGAGCAACCGCUCUGUCUAUAGGAUGUUUCCAUUCUGGUAUGGCCACUACCCCUAUCAAGUGGCUGAGUAUGAUCAGUGUCCAGUGUCUGGCCCAUGGGACUUUCCUCAGCCCCUCAUUGACCCAGUGCCCCAAGGGCAUUCGAGCCAGCAUUCCGUCAUCUGGAGGCCCUGGUUCUCUGAAGGCACGGACCUUUUCAGCUUUUUCCGGGACAUGGGUCUGAAAAUACUGUCCAAUGCCAAAAUCAAGAAGCCAGUAGAUUGCAGUCACAGAUCUCCAGAAUACAGCACUGCUAUGGGUGUUUCAUCAGCAGGUGGUGGUCAUCCAGAGGCUUUUGAGUCAUCAACUUCUUCACGUCGAGCAGAGGAUUCUCAGGUCCGCCAGUACUUCCCGGAGACCUGGCUCUGGGAUCUGUUUCCUAUUGGUAACUCGGGGAAGGAGGCGGUCCACGUCACAGUUCCUGACGCCAUCACUGAGUGGAAGGCGAUGAGUUUCUGCACUUCCCAGUCAAGAGGCUUCGGACUGUCACCCACUGUUGGAUUAACUGCUUUCAAGCCAUUCUUUGUUGACAUGACUCUCCCUUACUCAGUAGUCCGUGGGGAAUCCUUUCGUCUUACUGCCACCAUCUUCAGUUACCUAAAGGACUGCAUCAGGGUUCAGACUGACCUGGCUAAAUCGCAUGAGUACCAGCUAGAAUCAUGGGCAGAUUCUCAGACCUCCAGUUGUCUCUGUGCUGAUGAAGCAAAAUCCUACCACUGGAACAUCACAGCUGUCAAAUUGGGUCACAUUAACUUUACUAUUAGUACAAAGAUUCUGGACAGCAAUGAACCGUGUGGGGGCCAGAAGGGGUUUGUUCCCCAAAAGGGCCUGAGUGACACGCUCAUCAAGCCAGUUCUCGUCAAACCUGAGGGAGUCCUGGUGGAGAAGACACACAGCUCAUUGCUGUGCCCAAAAGGAAAGGUGGCAUCUGAAUCUGUCUCCCUGGAGCUCCCAAUGGACAUUGUUCCUGACUCGACCAAGGCUUAUGUUUCGGUUCUGGGAGACAUUAUGGGCACAGCCCUGCAGAACCUGGACGGUCUGGUGCAGAUGCCCAGUGGCUGUGGCGAGCAGAACAUGGUCUUGUUUGCUCCCAUCAUCUAUGUCUUGCAGUACCUGGAGAAGGCAGGGCUGCUGACGGAGGAAAUCAGGUCUCGGGCAGUGGGUUUCCUGGAAAUAGGGUACCAGAAGGAGCUGAUGUACAAACACAGCAAUGGCUCAUACAGUGCCUUUGGGGAGCAAGAUAGAAAUGGAAACACAUGGCUGACAGCCUUUGUCACAAAAUGCUUUGGCCAAGCUCAGAAAUUCAUCUUCAUUGAUCCCAAGAACAUCCAGGAUGCUCUCAAGUGGAUGGCAGGAAACCAGCUCCCCAGCGGCUGCUAUGCCAACGUGGGAAAUCUCCUUCACACAGCUAUGAAGGGUGGUGUUGAUGAUGAGGUCUCCUUGACUGCAUAUGUCACAGCUGCAUUGCUGGAGAUGGGAAUGGAAAUAGAUGACCCAAUGGUGAGUCAGGGUCUACAGUGUCUCAAGAAUUCGGCCACCUCCACCACCAACCUCUACACACAGGCCCUGUUGGCUUACAUUUUCUCCCUGGCUGGGGAAAUGGACAUCAGAAACUUUCUCCUUAAACAGUUAGAUCAACAGGCUAUCAUCUCAGGAGAAUCCAUUCACUGGAGCCAGAAACCUACUCCAUCAUCGAAUGCCAGCCCUUGGUCUGAGCCUGCGGCUGUAGAUGUGGAACUCACAGCAUAUGCGUUGUUGGCCCAGCUUACCAAGCCCAGCCUGACUCAAAAGGAGAUAGCCAAGGCCACUAGCAUAGUGGCUUGGUUGUCCAAGCAACGCAAUGCAUAUGGGGGCUUCUCUUCUACUCAGGAUACUGUAGUUGCUCUCCAAGCUCUUGCCAAAUAUGCCACUACCGCCUACAGGCCAUCUGAGGAGAUCAACCUGGUUGUAAAAUCCACUGAGAAUUUCCAGCGCACAUUCAACAUACAGUCGGUCAACAGAUUGGUAUUUCAGAAGGAGACUCUGCCCAAUGUCCCUGGAAUGUACACAUUGGAGGCCUCAGGCCAGGGCUGUGUCUAUGUGCAGACGGUGUUGAGAUACAAUAUUCUCCCUCCUAAAAAUAUGACGACCUUUAGUCUUAGUGUGGAAAUAGGAAAAGAUAGAUGUGAGCAACCAACUUCACCUCGAUCCUUGACUCUCACUAUUCACACCAGUUAUGUGGGGAGCCGUAGCUCUUCCAAUAUGGCUAUUGUGGAAGUGAAGAUGCUAUCUGGGUUCAGUCCCGUGGAGGGCACCAAUCAGUUACUUCUCCAGCAACCCCUGGUGAAGAAGGUUGAAUUUGGCACUGACACACUUAACAUUUACUUGGAUGAGCUCAUUAAGAACACUCAGACUUAUACCUUCACCAUCAGCCAAAGUGUGCUGGUCACCAACUUGAAACCAGCAACCAUCAAGGUCUAUGACUACUACCUACCAGAUGAACAGGCAACAAUUCAGUAUUCUGAUCCCUGUGAAUGAGGAUAGAAGCUGGAAACUCAAUUAGUCCUCUGUGACAUUACUGGAGGGUGGAACAGUCUUCUGUCGCUUGAAGCAGAACUCAUUCAAUCAAAUAAUUUAAUUUCUCUGACUAGUAUAUGGGUAACAGAUGAAUAUGUCUGAACCUCAGCUAUAAUACUUUCUACUACCUUUGCAAGGAGAUGGGAUAGGAACAGUCACUCAGAGGAGGCGUUGCAUGCACAGGGUCAUAGGGGGAAGAAACGUGGUUUAGCUGUUUUGUUUAGCCAUUUAGGGGGCUCUCCAGAGAGGAGACGGUGGUAGAGGGUGAACUAGAGAAGAUAAGAAUGUCUUCCUAGGCCGGACACGGUGGCUCAUGCCUGUAAUCCCAGCACUUUGGGAGUGCGAGGUGGGCGGAUCACUUGAGGUCAGGAGUCCAAGACCAGCCUGGCCAACGUGGUAAAACCUGUCUCUACUAACAAUACAAAAAUUAGCCAGGUGUGGUGGCACGGGCCUGUAAUCCCAGCCCCUUGGGAGGCCGAGGCAGGAGAAUCGCCUCAACACUGGAGGUGGAGGUUGCAGUGAGCUGAGAUUGCGCCACUGCACUCCAGCCUGGACAACAAGGCAAGACCCUGUCUCAAAAAAUAAUAAUAAUAAUAAAUAAUAAUAAUAAUGAUAUAAUAAUGUUUUUCUAGAGUUUAAAUCUAAGGGAAAAUGUGAUUUAGGGCUUUGGGAAUUGGCUAAAAAAAUAAAAAUG